AUGACUGUCACAUUUAUUGAAACAGACGGUGGUAAGCUCGCCGUCGAUAUCGCUGGUGACGGCCCUCUUGUCAUCUGCUCCCCCGCAAUGGGAGACUUUCGCGACGCAUACGACGCUCUGGCUACCGAGCUUCGUAAAUCUGGUUACAGAGUCGCUAUGGUUGAUCUUCGAGGUCAUGGCGACAGUAGCACUACCUUUAACCGCUAUGGCGAUGAAGCUACCGCCGAUGAUCUCAUUACUCUGAUUGACGCUUACGGCGGAGGGCCCGCUGUCUUAGCCGGUGCCUCUCUCUCCGGUGCAGCUGCUACAAUCGCUGCUGGAAGCCAUCCCGAAAAGGUCGCUGGCCUUAUUCUCCUUGGAGCAUUCCUUCGACCUGGAACUGGCAAGCUUGUCGCCAGUCUCUUCCGCCUCUCAAUGCGUCAACCUAUAGGCCCUAUGAUCUGGAAGUCAUACGCCCCUAAGCUCUGGCCCGGUCUUGGCGAUAAGGUCCAAGAACGAGUUGACAGAUCCAUCGCAAUGCUGACAGGCCCUGGUCGCUGGAAGGCAUUCCAUGCUACACUAUCUACCGACCACGCUGUUGUCGCACCAUACAUCAGCAAAGUCAAGGCGCCGGUACUGGCUGUCUAUGGAGAUGCCGAUCCUGAUUGGACUGACCCUAUCGAGGAAGCUCGCUGGGUCGCAUCGAACUUUGAUGAUAGCGAGGUUGUUGCUGUCAAGGGUGUUGGGCAUGCGCCUAUGAUGGAGAGGCCUGAGGAGGUUACACCAGCUGUUCUCAAGUUUUUGAACAGGAUCCGGGAGAGCGGUGGUUUCAACCGCUCUUGA